AUGAGUCGUCAGCAAGUAUCAAACUCGAAGCUGGAGAGGCUUCUUGAGAUCUUGCGUAGCUCAGAGUAUGCCUUUCAUAUUAAAAAGGCAGCAGCAAAACAAAUCGGCCUCUUACAAAAGGAAUUUUCUUACGAGUUAAGUUUUUUAUUAUGCAAAUUAUAUCCUCUUAUAAUGUAUAUAAACUAUGAUACUCGUUGUGCUGCUUCAUUAUCAGUUGGAUAUCUUAUUCCGCAAUGCAAAGAAAAAUCGAAAUCUUGGAAUGUUGACAGAAACUAUGGAAAAUUAGAGGAAUUUCAUGUUUCUGACAUUCUAAACGCCGAAGAUUGCCAACUUCUACGAACAACUCAUAUAUCUGAGACUGAAUUACCGCAAGAUUAUCAAAAGCAAGUUUUUAACAUUCAUGAUGAAGAAUGCUCAGAGCUUUGCCAAUUCUCUGAACAGUUAAUUACCCAACUUGAUUCACAGGAUUGGUUUUAUCGUCAUGGAGCAAUUAUUGCAUUGAACGAAAUCUUUAAAGGAUUGAAGUCUAUUAAUGAGCUAGACUUAUUACCUCAUUUCUAUUUUGAAGAUUUAUGCGUUAGAUUAGCCAUAUUAAUUUGUCGGGAUAGAUUCGUUGACAAUUCAGUUUCGCAAGAAGUAAUUUUACCAGUAAGUAAUGAAGCUUGUAAACUUGCUGCAAACAUUUUCAUAAAUCAUAAGGAAAAUUGCAUUAGAAUUAUUGACGAAUUACUGAAUACUUCAACAAUCAACUUAAAACUAUCUGCAUGGUUAUUGAUUAAAUAUAUCUCGGAAAUUGACAAUAAGUUCUUCGAUUAUGAUUGGGUUUAUGCUCAUUUCAGUUCUUCAAUUACAGAAGCUCAUGAAAACCAUCAGUAUCAUGAUGUAAUUACAUACUCAAUUGAUGCUAUAUACAAUUCAGUGGAGAAUAUCAAGCAUGCAUCCGAUUUUGCUGAAAUUAUCUGGAACGAAUUUAUGAAUUUUGAACCAGAUCAUUCAUUCAAUGCGAAUGUCCUUAAUUACACAGCUAAGUUACUCCAAAAGUGCGAUGUUUCAUAUUUUGCUACAAAUGAAGGACUUGCAACAAUUUUUAAAUGUAUUCUCGAAGGGAGUAGGAUCGAUGGAAUUGUUGAAACGCGUGAAGCAGCCUAUUCUUUGCUAUCAUGUGCAUUGGACAAAGAGUUUCUUGAUAUUUGGCAAGAAUAUGAUAUGCAAGAUCAAAUUCAGCAAUUAAUCGAACUCAACCUAAAUGAAGGAUUUCUUAAUUCCAAUGCACUAAGUCUAUUUAAUUAA